AUGCCUCACGACAAGCUGUAUGGUAGCACGUACAAAUAUGUUCUCACAGGCAUCGAUGUAGCCUCCAGAUACAAGGUAGCGAGACCUUUGCGUACCAAAAAAGCCAGCGAAGUCGCCGACAUGCUCAAGGACAUUUACAAAGCGGGACCUUUACGAUAUCCGAGGGUUUUUCAGUGUGACAACGGCUCCGAGUUCAAGUCUAACGUGAGCAAGCUUCUGGAAAGCAAAGGGGUCGAGAUAAAGCGUGUAACUACCAAAUACCACCACACAUUCACGGUGUUCGUGGAAAGCUACAACAAGGUGCUCGCGGAGAGACUGUUCAAACCUCAAGAUGCGCAAGAGUUGGUCACCACUGACGAGCAAAGUAGUACAUGGGUCAAACACUUGUAUACUAUUGUCAAAAGUUUGAACAACACCAAAACCGCGAUGAUCGGCAUGAAACCUUCGAAGGCCAUCAAGCUAGAUAAAGUCCUACUUAUGAAAAGCGAAGAAUAUCCCGAGGAAAAGCCGUUACCUGACGACGGCCUCUAUUUGUACCUCCUGCAACCUGGAGAAGAGCAUGGUGAUCAAAAAAGACUUGACGCUUGGUGGAGCAAGAAAACGUAUAGACUGGACCAUAUCGUGACAAGUACGAGAUUGUUAUACUAUUUGGCAGAUGGGCCUGAUCGAAGCUUUGUGGCGGAGGAGUUGAUGCUAGUACCCGAGGGUGUUGAAGUACCUCCGGAGCAUGUAAAACAAUGGUAA